AUGAAGAGAAUCAAUUAUCGAACAUGUUGUAGAAAAUACUUGAUUGUUAUUCUUUAUUUGUUAUUUCCAAUUCCUUCGCCAUUACUACCAACAUCUGGUGGCAGUAGUAGUUUUGUGUAUUCUCUACAAUGGUAUCAUCGUAUUUCAUCAUAUUUUACGAAAGAGCAACAACAGCCACAACAGCAAAAGUUGCCUUAUGAUGAGUAUGACGAUCGCGAUUAUGGUGGCGGUGAUGGUGGCGCUGAGGUUAAGUUUCCGAGUCUAGAACUUGAUUGGUCGGAGAAUCUGUUAAAGUUGUCUGAAGAGGAAAGAAUGGUGAUUGAACAUGGAUUUGGUUCGUUGGCGCAGUACGAAAAACGUAAAGAAGAUUGUUUUAAAAGCGCGGCACGUGAAUUGAAAAAUGGGUGCAAGGAUAUUGACCUAAAUGAAGAGAAUAAGAUUAAAUAUGCGGUUCGAUUGACACAAUGCGAAAUCGCGACUGCCAAUCUUGCUGUUCCUAUGGAAUGUCAUUAUCACGAAUACCGCAAUUAUGGACUUCGUAUUCCGGUUAACAUGUGCUUUGCUGUCCGAUAUUCAAUCGAACGAGAGCAACUGGAACAACUUCACAACAACAUUACACUAAGCCAACUCGCCAACUUCGAUCUUCUUCGUCUGCAACAACGUGAGCUGAUUCGAUGGCGAAAAGAAGAAAUGCAAAAAUUGGCGAACUUAGAAAAAACGCAGCAUCGAAUCGUUGUUUCUGUUCGUGAAAUCGAGAGCAGCACAGGAUUCGUCACAAACACGAUGUCAGAACUCAAAGAAAACUUGACAGAAGCACACCUUACUGCCGAACACAUUCAUAUAAAACAACAAGAAACAAUUGGUAAAUUGAGUGACGUGGCAGAUAUCACUGCUGAAAUUUACGAUAGUGCGCGAAAACGAAUUUUAGGUGUUUCUGAAUCUCUUGAUGCUUUUCAAGCGAGUUUUCAAGGGGUGGAAAGUAAUGCGGAGAAUUUAAGAGAACUCCAAGAGACUACACAACAAAUGUUGUCUCAUAUUAAAAAAAUUACAAAGGAAUCCGCGAACCAGACGACUGAGAAUUUGAUGACGCUCUCAGUGGAAUUAGAAAAUUUUCAAGAGACCACCAAAAAAGCAUACGAAGAAAUUGUAAAUACUGGAAUGCAAUAUUCAGGAACUUUGCAAAGAAUCACGGAAAGUACAGAAAACAAGUUACAACAAAGUCUUGGUAAACUUCAGGAAUCUCUUCGAGGUCUUGAACUACUUUAUAUAGGAAUCACCAAGAUUGCUGCUGUCCAGCAAGAGCUUUAUAAUGACCUUUUAGAACAAAAGAAAGCACGUCAAACAUUAGAAAAAGAAUGGCAUGACUUACUCAACGAAGUCAAAGAGAACUUUUACAUGUUACUACAAAUCUCGCAGUCUGAAAUUCGGUUAUUAACCGAGACAACAGCUGACGCUCGCGAGAGUCAUCAAGAUAUUAUUAAACUUGUGAGACCGCUGUCACGGGUCAUUGAUUUAUUUGGUGAUGGUAGUAGAAAUAACUCUUUGUUGUCAUCGUCGUCGUGGAUUUAUCAAGAGAGUUUACGACCAAGUCACUAUCGACAAAUUGAACAAGUGCCAGUAACAUCAACAGGAAUAAUAACAAAACGUCGUCCUCGUCGACAAUUGGGUGAUGCUUAUUUCGCAAAUUCCUUGAUUUUUGGAAAAGUUAACGGAGCAAAUAAGUCGGGAACUAAGAAAUAA